AUGGCCGUUACGAGUAGUGGUGCCAUGGUACAGAGCUUUUCCAUCGUCACCCCGGUGCCUUCACCGACAGGAUGUAGCUGUUGUGGAAGGGAGUUCUAUGAGCUUGAUGUCAUCCUUCAGAGCAACAAUAAAAAGCUUUGGUGGGCAGACCAGAACUUAGCUCAGAUCGGUACCUGUAAUAAAAAAGAUGGAAGAAACCCAACUGUCCUGCGAAACAAAACGUCAGGUGUUGUACAUAUGAAAGUGUACGAUAAAGCAGCACAGCAAGGUAGCAAUUCCUGCCAGUUGAACAAUGGUGGAUGCUCCCAGCUUUGUUUACCAACAUCAGAAACCACCAGGACUUGUGUGUGUACAGUAGGCUACAACCUUCAAAAAAACCGCAUGGCAUGCAAAGGUAUUGAAUCAUUUCUUAUGUAUUCUGUUCAUGAAGGAAUUAGAGGAAUUCCUCUUGAUCCAAAUGAUAAAAUGGAUGCUUUAAUGCCUGUAUCUGGAACCUCAUUUGCUGUAGGCAUAGACUUCCAUGCAGGAAACGAUACAAUCUAUUGGACAGACAUGGGUUUCAACAAAAUUAGCAGAUCUAAACGAGACCAGACAUGGAAAGAAGACAUAGUUACAAAUGGUUUGGGAAGAGUUGAAGGCAUUGCAGUGGACUGGAUAGCAGGUAACAUAUAUUGGACGGAUCAUGGCUUCAACUUAAUUGAAGUUGCCAGGCUCAACGGCUCAUUCCGAUACGUAAUUAUAUCCCAGGGUUUGGACCAGCCAAGAUCUAUUGCAGUUCACCCAGAAAAAGGGUAUUUAUUUUGGACAGAGUGGGGACAGAGUCCCUGCAUAGGCAAGGCACACUUAGAUGGGUCUGAGAAGGUUGUGCUUGUGAGCCUGGGGAUUGCGUGGCCUAAUGGGAUUUCCAUCGACUAUGAGGAAAAUAAAUUAUAUUGGUGUGAUGCUCGUACCGACAAGAUAGAAAGAAUUGACCUUGAAAGUGGAGGGAAUCGGGAGAUUGUGCUGUCAGGGAGCAAUGUGGAUAUGUUUUCGGUCGCGGUGUUUGGAGCUUACAUCUACUGGUCUGACAGAGCACAUGCAAAUGGCUCUAUUAGAAGAGGCCACAAGAAUGAGGCCACGGAUGCUGUGACCAUGAGGACUGGCCUUGGAAUAAACCUGAAGGAAGUGAAAGUCUUUAAUAGAGCACGAGAGAAAGGUACUAAUGUUUGUGCCAAGAAUAAUGGUGGUUGUCAUCAACUUUGCCUUUACCGGGGAAGUGCACUGAGAACGUGUGCUUGUGCACAUGGCUAUCUUGCAGAAGAUGGAAUUACUUGCCUAAGACAUGAAGGUUACCUGUUGUAUUCAGGAAGGACAAUAUUAAAAAGUAUACAUCUUUCAGAUGAAACCAACUUAAAUUCUCCAGUAAGGCCAUACGAAAAUCCAGAGUACUUCAAAAAUGUGAUAGCUCUUGCUUUUGACUACAGUCUGAAAGGAAGAGGUACGAAUCGCAUAUUCUUCAGUGAUGCACACUUUGGAAAUAUACAAGUUAUUAAAGACAACUGGUCUGGCAGAAAAGUGCUAAUUGAAAAUGUUGGGUCAGUGGAGGGACUUGCUUAUCAUAGAGCUUGGGACACACUCUAUUGGACCAGUUCAACCACAUCUUCCAUCACAAGACACACUGUUGACCAGGGUCGUCGAGGAGCUUUCAACCGGGAGGCAGUAAUAACAAUGUCUGAAGAUGAUCAUCCACACGUGUUAGCUCUAGACGAAUGUCAAAACUUAAUGUUUUGGACUAACUGGAAUGAGCAGCUCCCAAGCAUCAUGAGAUCCACCCUCUCAGGCAAAAAUGCGCAGGUUAUCAUUAGUACCGAUAUUCUGACACCAAAUGGACUUACCAUUGAUCAUAGGGCGGAGAAACUUUACUUUUCAGAUGGCAGCUUGGGGAAAAUUGAAAGGUGUGAAUAUGAUGGAUCACAAAGAUACGUAAUUGUCAAAUCUGGACCAGGUACCUUUCUCAGCCUGGCUGUAUAUGAUGAUUAUAUCUUCUGGUCAGAUGGAGUUAGGAGAGCCAUUCUGCGUUCCAGUAAAUACACGGGAGGAGAUACAAAAGUUCUUCGUUCGGAUAUCCCGCAUCAGCCCAUGGGCAUUAUUGCUGUUGCCAAUGAUACUAACAGUUGUGAGUUAUCUCCUUGUGCACAAAUGAAUGGAGGUUGUCAUGAUUUAUGCCUUCUGACUCCUGAUGGACGAGUGAACUGUUCAUGUCGAGGGGACAGAAUACUGAUAGAUGAUAACAGAUGUGUGACUAAAAAUUCUACUUGCAACGCUUAUUCUGAGUUUGAAUGUGGAAAUGGUGAAUGCAUUGAUUAUCAGCUGACUUGUGAUGGCAUUGUUCAUUGUAAGGACAAGUCUGAUGAGAAACUUUUCUACUGUGAAAAUAGAGGCUGUCGGAAGGGUUUCAAACCAUGUUCUAACCGUCGCUGUGUUUCAAGUGACAAAGUAUGUGACGGCAUAAAUGACUGUGGUGACAACUCUGAUGAACUUGACUGUAAAGAUUCAACGUGUGCUUCAACAGAAUUCCGUUGUGCAGAUGGGACUUGCAUUGGAAAAUCAGCACAGUGCAACCAGAUCAUCGAUUGUGCAGAUGCUUCAGAUGAAAAGAACUGUAUUAAUACAAACUGCGCUUACUUCUAUAAACUUGGAAUAAAAUCUUCAGGAUUUAUUAGCUGUAAUUCGACUUCACUUUGUGUACUGCCAGAAUGGAUAUGUGAUGGAUCUAAUGACUGCGGAGAUUAUACAGAUGAACUAAAAUGCCCAGUUCAAAACAAACCCACAUGUGAAGAAAAUUAUUUUGGUUGUCCUAGUGGAAGAUGUAUUCUGACCACCUGGCUUUGUGAUGGGCAGAAAGACUGUGAGGAUGGAGUAGAUGAAUUGCACUGUGAUUCAUCUUGUUCCUGGAAUCAAUUCGCUUGCUCUGCAAACAAAUGCAUCUCUAAGCAAUGGACUUGUGAUGGUGAGGAUGACUGUGGAGAUGGUUUAGAUGAGAGUGAUGCUAUUUGUGGUUCGGUGACCUGUGCAGCAGGUACGUUCAGUUGCUUAGGCUCCCAUGCCUGUGUUCCCCAGCACUGGCUGUGUGACGGUGAGAGGGACUGUCCUAACGGAAGCGAUGAGCUGUCGACAGCAGGCUGUGCUCCUAAUAACACUUGUGACGAGAAUGCUUUCAUGUGCCGUAACAAAGUCUGCAUUCCCAAACAGUUUGUAUGUGACCAUGAUGAUGACUGUGGAGAUGGAUCAGAUGAAUCUCUGGAAUGUGGGUAUCGUCACUGUCGUCCUGGAGAGUUCACUUGUGCUGAUGGAAGAUGCCUGUUAAAUUCCCAGUGGCAAUGUGAUGGUGAUUUUGACUGCCCAGACCAUUCUGAUGAAGCACCUAUAAACAUAAAAUGCAAAAGUUCAGAGCAGUCAUGUAACAGGUCUUUUUUUAUGUGCAAAAAUGGAAAGUGUAUUCCUCAAAGUGAUGUUUGUGAUAACAAAGAAGAUUGUAGUGAUGGAUCUGAUGAGAAAAGCUGCCACAUUAAUGAAUGCCUCAGUAAGAAAGUUAGUGGCUGUUCUCAAGAUUGUCAGGAUCUUCCUGUUGGAUACAAGUGCAAAUGCUGGCCUGGAUUCCGGCUGAAGGAUGAUGGCAAAACGUGUACAGAUAUUGAUGAAUGUUCAACUGGAUUUCCCUGUAGCCAGCAAUGCAUCAAUACAUAUGGAACUUACAAAUGCCUGUGUGCAGAUGGGUAUGAAAUACAGCCUGAUAACCCAAAUGGCUGCAAAUCCCUUUCAGAUGAGGAACCUUUCUUAAUUCUGGCUGAUCAUCAUGAAAUAAGAAAAAUUAGCACUGAUGGAUCCAACUACACUUUGUUGAAACAGGGGCUGAACAAUGUGAUUGCAAUAGACUUCGACUAUAGAGAAGAGUUCAUCUAUUGGAUUGAUUCCAGCAGACCAAAUGGCAGUCGCAUAAACAGAAUGUGUUUAAACGGAAGUGACAUCAAGGUAGUUCACAAUACAGCUGUUCCCAAUGCACUGGCUGUCGACUGGAUUGGGAAGAACCUCUAUUGGUCUGAUACUGAAAAGAGAAUUAUUGAGGUGUCUAAACUCAGUGGCUUAUACCCUACUGUCCUUGUGAGCAAGAGAGUGAAGUUUCCUAGAGAUCUCUCUUUAGAUCCUCAAGCUGGAUACUUGUACUGGAUUGAUUGCUGUGAGUAUCCUCACAUUGGCCGUGUUGGUAUGGAUGGCUCCAGUCAAACAGUUGUCAUAGAAACGCAGAUAUCUAGACCUAUGGCUCUUACAAUAGAUUAUGUCAACCACAGACUGUAUUGGGCUGACGAAAAUCAUAUUGAGUUUUCUGACAUGGAUGGAUCUCAUAGACAUAAAGUCCCGAAUCAAGAUAUUCCAGGGGUGAUUGCACUAACAUUGUUUGAAGACUACAUCUACUGGACAGAUGGGAAAACCAAAUCACUCAGCCGUGCCCACAAAACCUCUGGAUCAGACAGACUAUCGCUGAUCAACUCAUGGCAUGCCAUAACAGACAUCCAGGUGUAUCAUUCUUAUAGACAACCUGAUGUGUCUAAACAUCUGUGCACACUAAACAACGGUGGUUGCAGUCAUUUAUGCCUUCUAGCCCCUGACAAGAAGUAUACUUGUGCCUGUCCCACUAACUUUUACCUUGCUGCGGAUAACAAGACGUGCUUAUCGAACUGCACUGCCAGUCAGUUCCGUUGCAAAACUGACAAAUGCAUUCCGUUUUGGUGGAAAUGUGACACUGUCGAUGACUGUGGAGAUGGCUCUGACGAGCCUAUUGAGACUAUAAAGGCAAAUACAAAGGAUUCUGAAUUCAAAUGUCAGCCAGGACGUUUUCAGUGCGGAACUGGACUUUGUGCACUUCCAGCCUUUAUCUGUGAUGGAGAAAAUGAUUGUGGGGACAAUUCCGAUGAACUGAACUGUGACACACACGUGUGUCUGUCAGGUCAGUUCAAGUGCACAAAGAAUCAGAAGUGUAUUCCAAUAAAUCUGAGAUGCAAUGGACAGGAUGACUGUGGUGAUGAAGAAGAUGAAAGAGAUUGUCCUGAAAACAGUUGUUCUCCAGACCAUUUCCAGUGUAAGACAACAAAGCACUGCAUUUCUAAACUGUGGGUAUGUGAUGAAGACCCGGAUUGUGCUGAUGGAUCAGAUGAAGCUAACUGUGAUAAAAAAACCUGUGGGCCUCAUGAAUUCCAGUGCAAAAACAACAACUGUAUUCCAGAUCAUUGGAGGUGUGACAGCCAAAACGAUUGUGGCGAUAAUUCCGAUGAAGAAAACUGUAAGCCUCAGACAUGCACUUUGAAAGACUUUCUUUGUGCAAACGGAGACUGUGUUUCAGCAAGGUUCUGGUGUGAUGGAGACUAUGACUGUGCAGAUGGCUCAGAUGAGAGGUAUUGUGAAACAGGGUGUUCGAGAGAUCAGUUCCAGUGUUCCAACGGUCAGUGCAUAUCAGCGAAAUGGAAAUGUGAUGGUCACGAAGACUGCAAACUUGGGGAUGACGAGCAAAACUGUGAACCAGCAUCUCCAACCUGCUCUUCAAGUGAGUACGUGUGUGCAAGUGGAGGCUGUAUUUCGGCGUCUUUGAAAUGUAACGGAGAGUAUGACUGUGCUGAUGGAUCUGAUGAGAUGGAUUGUGUAACAGAAUGCAAAGAAGAUCAGUUUCGAUGCAAAAAUAAGGCCUACUGUAUCCCUGUCAGAUGGCUUUGUGAUGGGAUCCAUGACUGUGUGGAUGGCAGUGACGAAGAAAACUGUGACCAAGGAGGAAAUAUAUGUAGAGAUGAUGAAUUUUUAUGCAACAAUUCCCUCUGCAAACUGCAUUUUUGGGUUUGUGAUGGUGAGGAUGACUGUGGAGAUAACUCUGAUGAAGUUGCUGAAAUGUGUGUAAAGUUUCCAUGCCCUCCAACAAGGCCGUACAGAUGUAGAAACAACAGGGUUUGUCUGCGACCUGAGCAGAUUUGCAAUGAGGUUGAUGACUGUGGUGAUAACUCCGAUGAAGAGCACUGCGAUAAAAUCACAUAUAAAGCAAGACCAUGUAAAAAAGAUGAGUUUGCUUGUAAUGAUAAGAAAUGUAUUCCGAUGGAGCUACAGUGCGAUUGGUUUGAUGACUGUGGAGAUGGUUCAGAUGAGCAAGACUGCAAAAUAAGUGUCGCUGAAUAUACAUGUGAAGAUAACGUGAAUCCUUGUGGAGAUGAUGCAUACUGUAAUCAAACAAAAACAUCACUACUGUGUCAGUGUAAACCUGGAUUUCAGAGAAACAAGAGGAAUAGACAAUGUGAAGAUAUCAAUGAGUGUAUGGUAUUUGGUGCCUGCUCCCAACACUGCAAUAAUAUUAAGGGAUCAUACAAAUGUGCAUGCGAGAAAAAUUAUAAGGAGAAGAAUAACAGUUGCAUAGCAAAAGGCUCUGAAGAUCAAGUUCUCUAUGUUGCUAAUGACACUGACAUCCUGGGUUUUGCAUAUCCAUUCAACUACAGUGAUGUUCAUCAGCAAAUAUCACAUACUGAACAUAAUUCAAGGAUAACUGGAAUAGAUGCGUUUUUUCAAGGGGACAUGAUUGUUUGGAGUACUCAAUUUAAUCCAGGAGGGAUUUUCUACAGAAAACUUCACGACAGAGAGAGAAGACAAAGUAACAGUGGCUUGAUAUGUCCAGAAUUCAAAAGACCUAGGGGCAUUGCUGUUGACUGGGUUGCUGGAAAUAUUUACUGGACUGAUCAUUCCAGAAUGCAUUGGUUCAGCUACUAUACAACUCAUUGGACUAGUCUGAGAUACUCCAUCAAUGUAGGUCAAUUGAAUGGACCAAACUGUACACGACUCCUUACGAGCAUGGCAGGAGAACCAUAUGCGAUUGCUGUAAAUCCUAAAAGGGGGAUGAUGUACUGGACAGUUAUUGGGGAUCGCUCUCACAUAGAGGAAUCGUCUAUGGAUGGUACUCUGAGACGGAUAUUGGUUCAGAAGAAUUUACAAAGACCUACAGGUCUCGUAGUUGAUCAGUUCAGUCAGCGUUUGUUCUGGGCUGAUUUUGAAUUAUCUAUUAUUGGCAGCGUUCUUUUUGAUGGUUCUGACUCAGUUGUGUCUGUGAGCACUAAACAAGGUUUACUGCAUCCACAUAGAAUUGACGUUUUUGAGGAUUACAUAUAUGGAGCAGGUCCUAAAAAUGGUGCAUUUAGAGUACACAAAUUUGGCAGGAGCCUUGUAGAAUAUCUAAGCGUGGAUGUUGAUAAAGCAAAAAGUGCCUUGAUUUUUCACCGCUACAAACAAAUGGACUUGCCUAAUCCAUGCUUGGACCUAACAUGUGAAUUCAUUUGUUUACUGAACCCUUCUGGUGCAACAUGUGCUUGUCCAGAAGGAAAAUCACUGGUGAAUGGAACAUGCAUUGAUCAGAGCCUCUUAGAUGAUACCUGUAAAUUAACCUGUGAAAAUGGAGGGAAGUGCAUUAUAAACGAGAAGGGGGAUCCUCGAUGUCACUGCUGGCCGAGUUACUCCGGUGAAAGGUGUGAAACUAACCAUUGCUACAACUACUGCCAGAAUGGAGGAACCUGCGGAGCCUCUCUCCUCG